AUGGUAAGUGGUUUAAACAAAAGCAUUAAAAUUUGGCAAUUUUAAUAAGUAUAAUUGUUGGAUAAUGGAAUACAAACAGAAAAACAGAAGAUUGGAUGGAGGAUUUCUGGAAGAUAUGAUUUAAUAAAUAAAAAAGAAUCCCUUCCUUUUUUAUUAAUUUAGACUAUGCAAUAAAAUAUUAUUCCAACUUUAAUUUAAAUUUCAUGUAUAUAAUUUAACCAAAAGUAAUAGAAAAAGAAAAAGAUUUGUUGUGUAAGCAACACAAAUAACAAAUUGAAAGUGUGAUUCUUGAUCCCUAACUAAGAAGGGAUUAAAGGCUCUUGUGCAAGUCAUGUCUUCCAUACUGCUUAGAUCUUGGAUUAUCAAUCACUCAAAUAAAGCUUUGAUAACAAACAAAAAGAAAAGAUUGCUUUAUACGACAAUAAUCAAGCCUUAAAUUCAAUGCAUUGAAGGCUUUCAAAAAAUUAUAUAUGAAUUAAAAACAAGAUUAAUCAAUAAGUCGAUUAUCUACUUUGGCUUUCAAAAGAUUGGAUCACUACUUUAAUUGAUACUAUAUCUUAAUACAGCAUCUUAGGAGUAUUAGAUUUAUUAAUCUCAAAAAAAAUUUCUGUCUUUGAUCCAAUAACAAUGA